CAAUCUCCGUCGUCUUCGAGUUCCCGAUCCUCAGCUUUUAACACGACGGAACCCUAAAAAUCGGCAUCGCUGGUGAUUCUAAUCGUUUUCUGGUGAAGUUGAUUCGAAGUAGCUCUUCUCUUCGAUGGCUUACGUAGACCACGCGUUCUCGAUAUCGGACGAGGACCUAAUGAUAGGGACAUCGUACACCGUCAGUAAUCGACCGCCGGUGAAGGAGAUCUCACUCGCGGUGGCUCUCCUCUUGUUCGGAAUCGUAGGAAUCGUCUCCGGUUUCUUCAUGGCGUACAACCGAGUUGGAGGUGAUCGAGGCCACGGUGUUUUCUUCAUUGUACUGGGGUGUCUUGUGUUUAUCCCAGGGUUUUACUAUACACGGAUUGCAUAUUACGCUUACAAAGGAUAUAAAGGCUUCUCCUUCUCCACCAUACCAUCCGUUUAACCCCCCACCCUUAUGAGUACUCAGUGUAUAGUUUUUGUUGUUUCUUGUGGUAGCUUUUGUAUUGCUUAAUGACUUCUUAUGUUUAGUGUGAUGUUUACAUGACUUGAAUGAUAUCCAUGUUUAAUAUGUAUCUCUUUUUGAUUUCUCA